UGAAGCGCGCGCAGCCGGGCGGUGGUCGCGUUCCGGGAUGGAGACGACCGAGAGCACGCUGCCGAUGCCCCGGCUGCCGCCGCACGACCCGGCGACGCCGGCGCUGUCGGUGGUGGACAUGCACACGGGCGGCGAGCCCCUGCGCAUCGUGCUGGCCGGCUGUCCCGAGGUGGCGGGCCCCACGCUGCUGGCCAAGCGGCGCUACAUGCGCCAGCACCUUGAUCACGUGCGGCGCCGGCUCCUGUACGAGCCCCGGGGCCACCGAGACAUGUACGGGGCCGUGCUGGUGCGGAGCGAGCUGCCGGACGCUCACCUGGGCGUCCUGUUCCUGCACAACGAGGGCUACAGCUCCAUGUGCGGCCACGCCGUGCUGGCGCUGGGCCGCUUCGCGCUCGACUUCGGGCUGGUGCCGGCGCCCCCGGCCGGCGCCCGCGAGGCCCGCGUCAACAUCCACUGCCCGUGCGGGCUGGUGGCCGCCUUCGUGGAGUGCGAGGGCGGCCUCAGCCGCGGCCCCGUGCGCUUCCACAGCGUCCCGGCCUUCGCGCUGGCCACAGAUCUCCUGGUGGAUGUUCCUGGUCAUGGAAAGGUGGUAGUGGACAUUGCAUACGGUGGUGCAUUUUAUGCAUUUGUUAGUGCUGAAAAGUUAGGACUCGACGUUUGUUCUGCAAAGACAAGGGACCUUGUGGAUGCAGCAAGUACAGUGACAGAAGCAGUGAAAGCUCAGUUUAAAAUUACUCAUCCUGACAGUGAAGACCUUGCCUUUCUCUAUGGAACCAUAUUAACAGAUGGAAAAGACACUUAUAGUGAGGAGCCAACCACCAACAUUUGUGUGUUUGCAGAUGAGCAGGUUGACAGAAGUCCUACUGGCUCAGGGGUGACAGCCCGAAUUGCCUUACAGUGUCACAAAGGGCUUCUCAAGCUGAACCAGACCAGAGCCUUCAAAAGCAGUGCCACUGGCUCAGUGUUCACGGGGAAGGCCGUGAGGGAAGCAAAGUGCGGUGAUUUUAAUGCUGUCAUAGUGGAAGUAUCCGGACAAGCCCAUUACACCGGGACAGCCAGUUUUACAGUAGAAGACGAUGACCCACUGAGGGAUGGGUUUCUUCUCAAGUGACUUCUGGGACUUUUAAGGGCUUUCUUUUUAAAGCAGUUAUUAUCAGUAAUUUUUAUCUGAAUUAUGUGGAAACCUAUAUCCAAAUUGUACAUGUAA